AGUAGUUUUUCAAUAUAAAACAAAGCGUAUAAUGACGCCAUUUUGUGACAUUGUCUAUGCUUAGAAGUGUCUUUUUUACUUCCAUGAUUUUUAAAUGAUUCGGAACUUAUAAUGAAAAUUACGCGUCUUUAUAUAGCUUGUAGCCUUAACCAUUAAUUUAUUAGUCAUGCGAAAUAGCCGUGCUGUCCUCAACAAGCUAUUUCAAAUUACUUAAUUCAAACUUAUUUAGAUUUUUAAGUAAUAAUUACUUUUACUUGAUAUUAACUUCAUAUAAUUAUUUUGUUUCUUAGUAAUAUAAUAAUAAUAUAUUAUUUCACUAUAUUAUAUUCACUAGUAAUAUUAUAUUUAUUACUUAGCCAGUAAAAUUCAACAAACGAUAUUCAUUUAAAAUUUUGAUAUUAUUCUUGUAAAAUGUUCGUUAAUGUAAUUAAUAAAUUAUUGGAGAAUAUUUGAAUAUUUUUUGGUGUCAUAAUGAAGAUAGAUCUAGACCAUGAUCAUGGACUUAUAGUUUGGGGAAAAUUAACUCGAAAAGAAGAUGCAUGGGCUGCUAUGAUUAUAUCUACCAAAAAAUUAGACUUGAUUUUUGAAGAAAAGGAAAGUUAUUCUUGGGUCUGGUGGUUUAAUCACAAUACAUUUUCUCAUGUAAGAAUCUUAUUAACUCAACUUCACAACCAAAUUAUGUAUUCAAGUUUUGCAACAGGUCAACGUGGAAGAGGCAUUGAGGAUGCUGUGAAAAUUUUGUUAAUAAGAUUUGGAGUAGAGGUACCAUCAUAUUUAUUUGAAAAAUGUAAUACCUUGUUACCUUGGGCUAAUAAUCAUUUUGAAGAGAUAACAAAAGACAAGAUAGGUAAGUUUAGAAGAGGUGAAGAAUAUUUUAUUCCAAGAGACAUAAUAGAUAAAAUUAGAUGUUUAAAUGGUAAAAAUAUUAAAUUGACAAUUGAAAAAAAUCUUGAAAACAAUUUUAUUCACCCAAGACGCAAUAAAAAGAACACUAAAAUUCAACACAGUUCUAAAAUAGAAUAUCGUUAUUGUUUAUCAUGUCGUAUUGCUUCUCAAGAUUUGACUUAUAAUCAUCCUUUAUUUCAUGGAUCAUUAUGUAAAAUUUGUUUUGAACGAGUAAAAGAUUUAUUGAUGCCAAUUGCUAGUGAUAGCUCAAAUCCUGUGUGUUGUGUGUGUGUUUCUUUAGAGCAUGAUGAAUUAGUAUUGUGUGAUGUUUGUAUACGAUCUUACUGUACAGUAUGUUUGAAUAUCUAUUGUGGACAAGGUGGUUUAAAAGAAAUAUUAAGGAAAAGUCCUUGGAGUUGUUUUGCUUGUAAUGAAUAUCCAAAUAGUAUUAUAAGUGGACUAGUCAGAAGAACAAAUUUUGAACAAUUACAAAAUGUGUAUGAAUUGUACCCAGUAAUCAAGAAAAAUAAAAUUAGAAUAAAUCCUAUAGAAAUAAGUAUUUUAGUUUUGAAACAUAAUUCUGAUAUAAUAUCAAAAGUGUUAGAGUUAUUAAAAUGGCAAUGUAAAGUAUUCAAUUAUUGUUUAAAUGAUGGCAAAGACUGUACAUGUAACAUUCAAGAUGAUUUGCAUAUUACAACUUCUGAUUUAUUAGAAAAAAAAAGUUCUUUUAAUAUACUAAUGAAAUAUUAUCCUAAUAUAAGUGAUGAAAAUGAUUUAAAAAAAUUUGAUGAAAAUGGUGUUUUAGAAGAGUUUUUUGAUUUUAUUAGAAUAAAAAAUAUAAUUGAAAACACACAUCAUAAAAAUGAAAAUUCCCUUAUAUGGGUAUUUGAAACGAGUGCAUCAAUUACAUAUUUAGAACAAAAAAUAAUAACUAGAUUUUGUAAUAACACACGACCUACACUAGUAGGAAUGCAUGUGCAUGAUGUCAGACAUAGAAGUCGAUUUAUUUGGACAAAUUUAUAUCUACAAAAUAUAGAAAAAUAUCAAGACGUUAACUUAUUUCCAAAAAAAGAUAUGUUUUAUAAAACUUCAAAUGAUUGUGGUUACAGCGAUCUAUGGUGUUGCAACUCUAUACAUGUAGUUUUAAAGAGUAUCAAAAAAUUAAGCAACUAAUUUACCUUUUAAAAGAAAAUUUCAAAAUUAUUUUAAUUAUUAUAUUAUUUAGAUACAUAUAUAAUUAUAAAAAGUGUAUAAUUUUUUAUUUUUUAAAUAUUAUAGAAUAUAUAGCAGUU